AUGGACGGUGAAGCCCAGCAACUAGCCGAAUACCUUGUAACUAGGCUUCAAGACCUCCCGACAUCGCACAAACGGUUGAUUGUGGGUAUCUCUGGGAUACCCGCCUCUGGAAAAUCGACGUUUGCACAGCUCCUCGUCGAGGCGGUCAAUCGAAUUCUCCGAGGAACCUCUGAUAGUCAAGCCAUCCUCGUGGGAUUGGACGGCUGGCAUCUCUCUCGUGCCCAGCUGGACGCGCUCCCAGAUCCCAAACUGGCUCAUGAGAGAAGGGGAGCACAUUGGACGUUCGACGGGGAAGGUUACGUCCAAUUCGUGACUUCUCUUCGAGACCAGGACGAGACUGUGGUGCUCACAGCACCAACAUUCGACCACGCGUUGAAAGACCCAACGCCGCAUGCCAUCUCGAUCCAUCCGUUCCACAGGAUCGUGCUCAUCGAAGGUCUUUACGCUUUUCUGUCCAUAGAACCUUGGGUGACUGCCAGCAAUGUUCUGGACGAACGCUGGUGGAUAGAGGUGGAUGAGAACGAGGCACGGAACAGGCUGGUGAAACGUCAUGUUGUCACUGGGGUGACUAGCGACGAAGAAACUGCCUUGCACAGAGCGGAUCAUAAUGAUUUACCCAACGGAAGGUUCAUUCGGGAGAACAUGCUCGUGCCAACCAAAGUUAUCCACAGCCGACCUCUUGCAACUUGA